AUGUUCAGAAUGCGCAGGUUUAUUGUAGUGUUUCUAUUGUCAGUGCUAAUAUCUAAAAGUUAUGGUGCUAGAAUUUUGGCCGUGAUUCCAACUGCGUCUAUAAGUCAUCAAGUAGUUUUCCGUCCUUUGACCCAAGAGCUAGCUAGGAGGGGUCAUGAAGUCACCAUCAUCACUCCAAAUCCAGCGUUCACAAAAGAAGACCGUCCGGAAAACUUGACAGAAAUAGAUGUGCACGAUGUUACUUAUUCAUAUAUGAAGCCAAGUUUAGAGAAACUCAAUGAAAGAUUCGGAAGCAGAGAAACAAUAUUUAACGUCAUAGAAGGUAUGACAACGAUGAUGAGAAACUUUGUGGAAAUACAAGUUCAAUCGGAACCAGUACAGACUCUGAUCAAUAAUACAGAUAAGGACUAUUUUGAUCUGUUACUCAUUGAAGCAUGUGGGAGGCAGUAUAUUUCGUUCUCACAUUUAUUUAACGCGCCUGUUAUUCUUGGAAGCUCGUUUGGUAUGAUGUUAGGUAAUGCUGAGAUUAUCGGUGCUCCAAAUCAUCCAUUUCUAUAUCCACCUUCGUUUCUUACCACUUUACCACGUUUAUUGAAUUUGACAUUUUGGGACAAGGUGUCCGAACUGUAUACCCAAUAUCGCCUAAUGAAUCUUUGGUAUUCCCAAGAAACAAAGGAACGUGAAGUUUAUGUUAAAUAUUUUGGUGAAGAUAUGCCAACAUAUGACGAAUUAUAUAAUAAGGUUGACAUGCUUUUUUUGAACAUUCAUCCAUUAUGGAGUAAUAGACAACCACUGCCGCCAAAUGUGGUUUCAAUGUGGGGAAUCCAUAAGAACCCGGAAAAGCCUCUUCCCAAGGAGCUACAAUCAUAUUUAGAUUCUUCUAAAAAUGGUGUAGUUUAUUUAAGUUUCGGUUCAAAUGCUCGCUCCUCACAGUUGCCAAAAGAAACAAUACAGAUGUUCCUAAAUGUGUUUGCCAAAUUACCUUAUGAAGUCCUAUGGAAAUGGGAAACAAAUGAACUUCCAGGAAAAACGGACAAUGUUAAAACAGCUCAGUGGCUACCGCAAUCGGAUCUUUUAAGGCAUCCAAAUAUAAAAUUAUUUAUAACGCAAGGAGGAUUACAAUCAACAGAUGAAGCACUCAGUGCCGGAGUACCACUUGUCGGCAUACCAAUGCUUGGUGAUCAAUGGUACAAUGUUGGAUUGUACGAAUAUCAUAAAAUUGGUCAGGCGCUUUAUAUGGAAACAAUAACUGAAGAAAAACUAUUACAUGCUAUACAUACUGUCAUUGAUAAUAAAAGUUACAAAGAAAACGUAAUAAAACUUCGUGAAUUAUUGAAUGAUCAACCAGAGAGUCCUUUAGAGAGAUCAGUGUGGUGGAUAGAAUACGUCCUGAGGCAUGGUGGGGCGAAGCAUCUACGGGCACCGAAUGCUAACAUGCCCAUGUACGAGUUCUAUGAAAUAGAAUUUUUACUUAAAUUAACGGCGCUGGUACUUUUAUCCUGUGUAGUAAUUAUUGCAACUUUGUAUUAUAUGUAUUUAGGAUUAACUUCAGGCUUACGUAAGCCUAAACUUAAAUCUUGUUAA